AUCUAGAUUUUGUUUAUCUUGUCAAGAUAUCGUAAAAUCGCAAAAAUAAACUUUCGAACCCUUAAUUAUAUAAAUAUUGUGGGUUUUUGCCGAAUAAUGAAAUAUUCACAAAAUUGAUUUGAAUGAAGUAAGAUGUUUUACUAGUGUAGGGUUUUUGUUUGUUUUGUUUUUCGUAACUCACCCAUUUUAUAUCUUUAUAUUCGAAAUAAUAAUUGGUGUUUGAAACUCAAAAAAAAAAAUACUAGUCAUGAGUGUCCCUCCACCUCCAGCCUGUGACUGGCAAACUACUAAAAAACAAAUUAAGGAGAGAGGUCAACAUUUACUCGAAACAGGAAUGUGGAGCGAUUGUAGGUUCAUUGUAGGAACCGAACCCAACCAGCAAGUUCUGGAAGGACAUAAGCUGUUUUUAGCGAUGUCAAGUCCUGUUUUUGAAGCUAUGUUCUAUGGUGGUAUGGCUGAAAAAGACCCAAUUGCUAUUCUUGAUGUGCAACCUGAUGCUUUUCGAGCACUCCUUGAAUAUGUCUAUACAGAUACUAUCAACCUCACAUCAUUUGACCAAGCAUGUGAACUUUGUUAUGGGGCCAAGAAAUACAUGCUUCCUCAUUUAGUUGAAGAAUGUACAAAGUAUUUAUGGUCUGACUUGUAUCCAAAAAAUGCUUGCAGAGCUUAUGAAUUCGCUAAACUUUUUGAAGAACCAAUUCUAAUGGAUAAAUGUUUAAAUAUCAUUUGCAAUCAAACUCAGGAAGUUUUAUCUGAGAGUAGCUUUGAAGAAGCAGAAUUGAAUACGAUUAUCACCAUUUUUGAGCAAGAUGAACUUAAUAUUGAGUCAGAGUUGGAUUUAUUUUCUGCUCUGCAGAGAUAUGCUGUGCGACAUAAUUUAACAAUAGAAUCAGUUAGCAACAAUAAUUCAAGUAAUCGUCUGACUUAUCGGGAUGCUUUGAUGAAAAUUCGAUUUUUGACAUUAACUCCCCAACAGUUCGCUGAAGGACCUGCAAAUUCACAAUUAUUGGCACAAUCAGAAAAAUUCUCUAUUUUAAUGAAUAUUUGUUCUCCGAGUGCUGCUAACCCUAUGCCAGAAGGUUUUUCACUAUCUAAAUCCACAAGAAAAAGGAAACAGCAACUGAAUAUGAGACAUGGCCUUUAUUUGGCUGGUCCAUCUAACAUGGAAAUGGACACAUCAAGAACAUCAAUGAUCAUAUUUCCAUCCUCCAAUGUUGAAAGUGGCAGUGAAUCUUUAAAAAAAUAUUACUGUUCUAGACAGCUCCUACGAAUAACAGAAUGUAUGAACACCAGUGUUUUGGAUUGUGCCCUUACGUUUCGAUGUGACAAGAACAUUGGUAUCUACGGAAUUGAAGUACCUGCACAAAUACCGAUGAAAGAUAACGAUAGACAACAGCAAAAUUGUGGUUAUACAGAGUUGCUUUAUGCUCAUUUAUUGGAUGCCGAUGGUAGUCGGCUAACAUAUACUCAUUUCACAAGCAGGGUAGAAUACAACUCGAUUAUUGAAAUUUUUUUCAAUAGGCCUAUCUAUAUCCAGAAAAAUAAGAUUUAUAAAGUCGGCGUCGUCCUUAACAAAAUUGGGUGCUACCCAAUUGGUACACAUCCCAUUACUUCAAUGUCUAAUGGAGUUGUAUUUACUUUUUCUGAAGGUCUUUCUGUUGGUGAUAACGCACGAGAUGGACUGAUUCGUUCCAUAAUUUUUUCCAUGUCUAAUCCGAAUAAUGUAACUUAUAGGCCAUCCUAUCAAAAAAAUAUAUUAUAAAAAUUUUAAUCAAGAGAAAUUAGACAUCCAAAUGAAUAUUAUAAAUUUGGCAGUUUUAUUUUGAAAUACUGGUUCCUCCAAAAAAUAAAGUUUUUGAUCUUUAUGCUCUACAUUCGAAUGAAAUUAUCCAAAUGAUUUUUUAAACUGCUUUUGUUCAUUGUAUGAAUUACACAGUAUAAUAUAUUUCUUUAGAUUUAUGUAUGAAGUUGCGUUUGUGAUGCUCGCUAUGAAAAUAUAAUUUAUUCUACAAAUAUAUCUCGAUUUCACAGAAAAGUUUAUGUUGUUAAGUUAAUGAGCUCUCCUUCUAGUGUGUUAAUAUUUUUGUGUUGCUUUGGAAGGAAAAGUUAACUGUACAAAUUUAUAUUAUGCCCAGUAAUAUAUUGUAAAUCAACCAAAUGUUUGUCCCAAUAAAAAUAAUUAUUUUAAAGAA